CUUUUCAUGUAGUUUGGAAUGAGGAAUAUUUUUGGAUUGACUUCCGGCUCACGUACAGAUGAUUAUUUAGUUCGUCUGCUUGCAAACAGUUACUGGAGUUGUAUUGAAAGCCUUUCUGUAGUGCCUCUUUUGAGUAUAGACUGGUACCAUGAGUACUAAAGAAACUGGUUUGGCUUUUUCGGGCGGCGGCAUUCGGUCAGCGGCGCUGUGCUCUGGAGUCCUGCGCAGACUGCUCCAGGAGAAAGCAAAAGUAGAAUAUAUAAGCUGCGUGUCAGGGGGUGGUUACACGGGCACUUCCUUUCUGGAUUGGAAAUACCGAAAAGAGAAGAAAGAGGACGACGUUGAAGAAUGGCAUGAGGAGUUCUUCGACCACAUGCGACGAAAAGCAGGGUAUUUAUGUGACUGGGAGAAGCCACUGAUAGGAAUCCGAGAUACGAUAGUACUGUUUUUCCUGGUGCUCAUCGUCACCUUCAUUUUGCCGAAUGUCAUUUAUGGGUCUUACGCAUUUCCUGUUGCCUUCAUCAUCGAUUACAUGUUCGGAAAGUACCUUCGAGACCAGGAGGAUUGUGAUAAUGCUACAGCGAUCGGGAUUCAUCAGAGUGACCAGAACGCCACGCCUCAAGAAAUCCGCCAACAUUGUCUUUCUCGUCAAGGAACCAAGGCUUCCGCCAAGAUUCUCCUAUUUUCCAUCCUGGGCGUGCUGUUUGGCAUAUUUUACAUUCUAUCGCGCAGGUUGUCUCAGAAAUUCUCUCAAUAUUUUAGUUUUCUCUCGGCAAUUUGCUUUCUGUUGUUUUCGUUUACUUUCUUCCCGUUUGCAAUACAUAGUUUCUUUAUUGAAAUCCCCCUGUGGAGUCGGUUGGUUAUUGUGGUGAUUGGCGUUGUCCUGUGGUUCUUUCUUCCUCUCUUGCGCAACAAAACAUCCUGCGGUCUUAUAAUAUAUCUUUAUUCUUAUAUCAUCUACUGGAAGGUGUACGAAGCUAAGAUAGUAGGCAUUGUGUUUUCUGUUGAGCUAUUUAAUCGGUUGCUCUUUGCCUCUGGGUUUAUUUUGUGGUUUGUACCCUAUUUGGACGCAUCACGCAAGAGACUCAUCCAUGUCUACAACAGGUGGAGACUUCGAAAGGCAUUUUACUCAAAGGAAAGCCAGGUCACAAGGGGAUGGCUGGAAAGGUUCCAAGAAGUCUUCUGCCCUUUGUGGACAUGUCUAAAGAAAAGCAGUAGACGGAAGUCUAGACAAUACACAGAGCAACAGGCGGACAUCCUUGGAAAUCACGAUCCGCGGGCUAAUGACCCCACCAUCGAAGGAACUAGGCCAGUAGAGAAGAGAGCCUUAAACUUGGGAGAUCUAAGGGGCAUGGAGCCCGAGUACAUUUCAAACGUGACCGUCCACGACUGGAAGAAAAACGAGAAUUCGGAUAGAGAUUCUGCUCAGCUGACAAUGUCACCUACCAAAAUCGAGCGGUUAGAUAGCGAACCAUCGUCUUUCGAGCAAUUUAAAGGCAAAAUGGAACCUCGAGAUGUCGAAUUAUCAGACGCCAUGGCCACCUCUGCAGCGGCAAUUUCAGGUUAUGACUCCUCUCUCAAAAUGAUCCGCCUCCACACGAUUCUUGGAUUUGAAAUGGGAAUCACAAUGAUCAGCAACUUCAAGGCAAUAAAAGCUGAGUCUUGUUUCAUGAAGGUGGUCCCACUUCUCAUAAAUAUUCUCCGUGGUCUUCCAUUAAUCGUUGUACCAGCCAUUUACUAUCGUGGAGGCAAUGGAGCAACGUCAAUUGAAGCUGGAGUAAUUACAUUCUUUGUAAUUCAUCUUAUUUUGGCUUUGAUUGGAAGUUUCGCCGACACGGGAACUGAAAACCCAAAGUGGUGGCAGAAGAUAGCUGGGUGGUUUAUCGUGCAUGUGUCGUUUGUGAAUUUUGUGAGAGAAGCCCUUUCCAUGGAGAACAUCGGCCCCGUCCCACCCCCUGUGAUGCUACUCAGCGAUGGAGGCCACGUGGAAAAUCUAGGGAUUUUGCCAUUGUUAAAGAAAAAACUCAAGAAGAUUAUUGUAGUCGAUGGCAGUGGUUAUACUGAUGAGAAGUCCUAUGGAGAAGUUCUUCUGAAAGCAUUGAUGCUCGCUCGUACCAAGCUGAACUGUUCGUUUAUUGGCGAAGGUGGUCGGGACGUCAUUUCAGACCUGUUGGAGAAUUUUGUGAAACCGCAAAAACCAAAUGAAAGAAAACCACGACAUUACAAAUUUAGAGUUGAAUACUACCAAGAUGACGCUGGCAAAGUUGGAGAAGGUGAAAUUCUAUUCAUUAGACCAAGAGAUCCACGAAAAGGUGAAGAAAGCGAAGUCAAAACCUGGGAGGAAUUUGGUUUUAAUUUGGAGCCACGUGACUGGGGAGAUAGUCCGUAUCUGACGGAAGAGGACGUCGAUAAAUUGACCUUCUGCUGCUGUGCGUGUUGCAACAAAAAAUCCUGGCUGAGUUGCUUGUCGGUGGCGCUGUGUAACAAGUUCCCCAACACCUCCACGGCCAAUCAAUUCUUCACUCCAUUGAUGUUCUCCGCUUAUCACCGUGAGGGUUUCCGAGCAUGCGUCGAAGCUAAUGCUGCUGAAUUUCUGAAGGAUGACCGAGGUGUCCUAAGACGAAACAGCGAGAAUGAUAAUAUUGAUGUGUGAUAGACACUUGUGAGCCCGGUGUGUUUAUUUUGUCAGCAAGACAUUGUGUGCACGGUAGAGUAUUAUAUUUGCACUCAGAACAAAAUACAACUGAAUUUUAUAACCCCAUUUUGAGAGUUUUAACUUAACAAGUUUAUUAAGAGCUCAACAUGCAUUUUUACGUUAUGGUUUUCUGUUUUUAAUUACUUAAGCAAUUAAUUAAUUAAAUUAAUUAAUUCGUAGUUAAUUAAUUAAUUAAUUUGUCUUAAUUAAUUAAGAUUCGAUGGCCAAUAUAACUUGAUACAGUUUCAAGUUCAUGUCUUUUAUUUGUAUGAGUGUUUAACUGCAUUUCCCCGACCCUUUUUAUACAGGAAUUAUGUAUGAGCACGAUUUUGGUUAAAUGAUCAAUAAGUAGAAUGGUUUGCUUGUAAAACAAUUAGAACGGAUUUCCGACACAUUUCAAAAGUUUUGAAAUAGCACAACAAUCUUGAUCAAUAAUUUUAUGCUUGGAUGGCUUUUUAUGCGUACGUUAAGUGUAACAACAAACGUUAUUCGUAGCUUUUAUGACCAGGAAAGAGCUACAUUCCUUGCCUUGUUCCUGUUUGUUUUAAAUGGCCGAUGUAGCUUGAUAUAGCUUGCAGGUCGGUCGGUUCAUGCCUAUUAUUUGCUUGCGUGUUUACCUUCAUUGCAAAGUUGUAUAUGAGUACUUUAGGUAAUAGAAAAAUUUGGGUUACAGUAAGAUGGCUUGCUUGCAGUUGUACAAUAGUUAGUAAAGAUUUUAAACAAAUCUCGUUAUACUUAAGAAUAUUUUUAGCAACCUACAUUAAUUUAAGUCCUCAGCCGAUUUUUGGUUGUUCUGGGUGAACUUUACCUGUUAGCUUUUGUGCGUGAUAAUUAAUAAAGAGCGUGUGAUCUCAGUCA